ACAGUGAAGGGCAGAAGCGAGGUGGGAAAGAAGAGAAAGAGCCUGCGCAGGAAGAGGUGCCUAUCGAUGAGAGCCUCUUCAAAGCGAGCAAGUGGGCGUCGCUGAAAGGUGAGCAGCUCAGAUGACCUGCAGCACAUCGAAAGCCACCUCCUGACCACUCGUGCAGGCAUGCUGUUGAAUCGCACGCUCUACCUGCACUCGCUCUCGCCUCUCCACAUUCCCCCUCCUCUUCGACAGCACCGGGGAGGAGGAGGUACGGGACCCCAAGCGGCGGCCAAUUCGGUGCUCACCACACAGCAACUCGACAUCAUUGGCAAGGAACUUAGUUCAUAUCUCUCGAUCCGACUCAACGACUCGCUCCUCAUCGCGCCUGCCUCGGAAGAGGGGCCGUCGCGGAGGGCAGAGGGAAUCGGCGCAGACCGUCUCAAAUCUGUCCAGGCCGGCUUCCUCUCCCUGGAAGAGGGCGAACCUCUGCAGCGCUACCUCUCAGCUGUACGCCAAGCAGACGAAGACGACGAUGCGGAGAAUGAGCGCGAGCAAGGGCAGCGCAGAAUGGCCUGGGCCAUCGAGAUCCAGAUCAAGGCUGCGCCCGUGUUCCUGCCCAGCGGCCGCAUGAGGGACCGCAGGGUCGAGCUGGCCCACCUCGUCUUUCUGCCCGGCGCAAGGAAAAACCACUAUCCGCUGGUGCUGUCCAAGGCGCCUUCUGCGUCUGCGCUCACUUCCACGUCGGCCGACGACAUCGACGGUGCCACGGCCGCGGCUGCCUCGAGCCUGACGGCGCGCGCGCUCAUCGCGCAUGCAUUCGACUACAUGUCGAAGCGCUUCGACUGUCGCCUCACAUCGAGCACUGCUCUGUCCUCUUUGCGAGGCCCCAACAUGGUCCGGCUGGCCGAGGCAAUUCUCUCCUCGACAUAUGCACAGAUCCAGCGGAGGAGGGACGAUUUGGACGAGGAGGACCGACCGUCGCCCCCCGUCGAGCUCACCUUUGCCCUGCCCAACCAGGUCCUCGUCGACGAGGCAAGCAACAAGCGCAAGCGCGGACCCAACCCCCGGCUCGCCACCCUGUCGCUAACGGUACCCUGGCGCAUCUGCAGGCAGCUCCUUGUGCAGGAGGAGGCGAAUGGCGAGGCCGUCACCCAACGCAAGCGGCUGCUGCUACCUGCGCUGGCACGCUACGUGGAAGAGCACACAUCUAUCAGCACGGAUCAGCUCUCGCUCGUCCGAAUGUCCAUCGCAGCUGUUUCCAUUGGCUCGCCACUCAGCGGAGGCGGGCUGACGACGAUUGCGAUGGCAGCAGGAGCAGGAGCGGGAGGAGAAACAGAAGCGGUGGCGACAGAGAUGAGCUCAAACACCUUUUCGGAACCGACCAGGACGACGGGCUCAGGCGCCCCAUCCCUGGGCGUCCGACUCAAGAUAGCGCCCCUGAAGCUGCCCGACGUUGCCUCGUCCUUUGCCGCAGACGACGAUCGGCCUGGGGUCUCAAUUAAAGACGUGGACUCGUGGCGCAUCCAAGACGUCUUGACAGAGCUCCUCGAUGCGGCCGUCAGGGAGUCAUGGUAGCGGACAUGAUGUGUUUUGCAAUUGUAUUAGUAGCAAAAAGGAAGAAAGGAAGAGGAGAGGAAGGG